AUGCCCUCGCCAAAGGAUGCGCGCAAUCACUCGGCCAAGAAGACCCCGGAUCGCUACGAUGCAGAUCUCGAACACGUCUUGGCUCGGAGCAGGUCGCAAGACUUCAGGUCGAAGAUUGAUAGCUGGAUGCAAGAGGAGCCGUCGCCGCUCGUCGAGCCCCGACUCACUCCUUCCGCCGAUCCAGAGACUACACUCCCAGCGCAACGGACGGUGACCCCCAGAAGCAGAGUUAUAAGCGAUGACCAUUGGCGUCAAGAACGCUCCGCCCGGAAGGCAGAGGCAACAGUUGAGAAAGAGGAAGUGAAGGAAGACCCUACACCCAAGCCAAAGGUGGUGCGCAGAAGUGUCGCCACUCCCCGAUCGCGUUCUACAUCUCCGGAAGCUGAAGGUGGAAGACGAGCGACGCCGGAUUAUGAGUCCAGCGGUGUGAAAGUCUACAUCAGGCGACGGCGAAAGUCGAAGCCAUCGAAUGAUAUGGAUCGGGAUUGCAAAGCUUUCAACACCUCCGAGAGCAGCUUGACUGCCCCUUCUUCUGCUGGCAGAAUUGAUUCGGCAACCGAUCUCAGCAUCCCAGAUGCAACACCGACGAGGCCACCUAAACUUCGCUCCACCACUGAACCCCGAAUGCGACCUCUGAAGCUAUUCCCGACCAUCGACACGACCCCUCCGGGAAAUGUCGACAGUAAGCUGCGCGAAGCAGGCAUAUCGGCGGAACGCGUACGUCAACGAAGGCCUCUCGAGGAAGAAGAUCGACGUCGCAUCUAUCAGCGAGCGACUUCGACCGGAACUGCGACGGACUCCUUCAAAAUACCGGCCACCAAGGCCUCGGAGCCCCCUUCAAAGGUCUACGGUAGCCGUAUCGAAGGCUGGCUAGCUAGCAUGCCCGAUGACCCCUUCACCGAGCCUUCCGAUGCGUCGCUAGCGCCCGCAGCCCUCAAAGUACCGCAAACUAGGCCUAGGCGUGUCGAUAACGCUGAGAGGGAUGCUGAUCGGCAGCGAAGGGGUGGAGAUGUUCACCGUAGGCGCUCUCGAUCUAUUGGUGCCGAGAGUGACCUGCGCGAGCUUCGAAAGCCUGCUUCGGACAGUCGUAUCUCCGUGGACGACUGGCUGGAUCAGUCUCCAGCAUCUCUUAAGCGGACCUACCCUCACAAACCGUCACGAUCAUUCUCCAAUGAUUCUCAGAACGCUCCAGGUCGGCCACAUCAGAGCAAUCGUCAUGUUUCUGACAUGACGGCGCAACGUACCGCCAGGCAUCGCAUAUACGGCGAGUUGUCUGAUCGACCGAUUCCUAGUACCGGCAACCGACUUUCUACCAUUGCUUCGGUGUCCUCUUUGCGCGAGCAACGCUUCAACAUCCCGGAAGACAGCGUUUUGUCCAGAGCUAGCGACGGCGAUGAGCCGACGAGACGCAACACGGUCAGGAGAAGCCGCUCGGUGAAGCACGAUGACCUGAUUUCAGUCCUCUCGCUACCAAAGGAUGAAGGCCCCAUUAUGAAUCGCGGCCGGACCGUACGGCAAAGAGGACUUCGUCCCGACAACGUCACAGUACAAGCGUUGAUGAACGAAGUCUCGUCUGACGAACUCAAGUACCAGCGGGAAUUGCGCACGCUUGUCGACGGCGUUGUCCCCGUGUUACUUCAAUAUGUCCUAUCGCAAAACGGCAAGUCGAAGAGUCCGAUGGCGCGCCCUGGCUUUGACAAGGGUGACGCCAGCCUCACGCAGCCGAUUAUCGACAUGGGAGUGGUCUUGGAACGACUAAAGUCCACACAUCGCGCCAUCCCAAUGCACGACCCGGAAGACCUCCUACGUUGGGCGCAGGUCGCUUGCAAGGUCUAUUCCGACUAUCUUCGAGUGUGGCGAUUAGGCUUUAACGAUAUCGUGGUAAAUCUGGCUCCCGCUGACCAACAUCAACGCCCUGAAGCCUCGCACACACGCGAUGAUGCAGCGCCAAGGAACGCACGAAAUGAAAUGCUCGAUGGUGAGAGUGGCGAGCGUGUCGACGUGGCUUACCUCCUCAAACGGCCACUUGUUCGCAUGAAGACGUUCAGCAAAAUCUUCAAAGGCAUUGGGCAGAUUCAACCAUCGGCCAUGGCCGAAGAUGUAGCGAGUGCUUUUGAAGACUUGUUAGGCCGUGCAAAGCAGCGUGCACACGACGAGCACGCGAGGUUGGAAGAUGAGGCCGCCGCCGCCAUCGACCCCUACCGGGCGAGAAACCCUUGCAACCUUGCCCCUCUGGUCGGCGUCGAGAUCCUCCCCACCAGAUGCGUGCGAGCACGAGACUUUUUCGAUCUGGAGUUCUUCCACUCCUCCGGGCAGCAACUCGACUGCAAGAUCGAAGUCAUCUUCCGCGACGAGGCCCGCAGCCUAGGCGACGCUGGCGAUGUUCUGUUUUGCGAAAUCUCUCCUGCCGGUCGAUGGCUGCUCUUCCCGCCCAUCUCUACCAGCAAUGUCUCCGCUCGCAAGGGCGACAAGGAUGGCGAGAUGAUUGUCAUGAUCCGCGGCCUGACUUUUGAUGGUGCGGAUUGGUCGGAGAUGAUGUCGCUGCGGUCGGAUGAUACUCAGAGUGCCGAGUGGAUUGACAUGAUGGGCUCGAAUCCCAUGCCUCCACGCCUCAAUCGUCGUUCAAGCUUCAACGUCGGGAAGUCGGCGCGAGUACAGUUUGCAUCCUUGGCGCCGUCGGAGGCCUCUGACGUGCCUAUUGGCGAGCAACCCACGCCUUCUGCGUCCAGAUGGGAACCACAAGAGCCCACGCUGCAAGAGCGUACGACAGAGGACCGAAACGAUGCGAACACCAGACCCGUGCACGCCAGAUCCAAAUCCGAAUGGCUGCCCAGCGCCGUCCCAGCUUCACAGAAUACAGAAAAGGACUAUGAGGUGGAAACCGCUACGCCUCCGCGCCGUCCGACGCUGCGGAAACGCACUUCUUCCGUCCCGACGAUGCAGAUGCCGACCAUUAGCAAACUCCGCAGAGCUAUUGGGCUUGGUCCUUCUACCAGAAAUGUGUCACCUUCGCCUGAUGAGCUGGGUCGUGUUGAGAUUGUGAAGGAGCCGACGUCUGCUCCUGCCAAGUUGCAGAAGCGGCCUUCUACGCAAGCUAGAUCGUGGUCCAGAGACCAAACCCCCCGCCCACUAGAAAUUCCGCAGCCGCCUCCAGGGCGCAGCACCGCACUCAACUCCAUUCCCACCUUCACCCCGACAUUCAUGCAGAAACCUCGUCGCUCCUCCUCGCCGUUGAAGCAUGAGUACGAGCCUUCGACCGCCACCGAGUCCUCGGAAAGCGAGUUGUCUGAUGGCGACGAGGACGAGUCGGUGACUUCGGAGUCUAGUGCUGAGGAUGAGGCUGUUUCGACGUUGGGCGAGUUGCAGGAUUUCAGCAAGUAUGCUCAGGCGCAGGCUCAGGCUCAGGCUCAGGCUCAGAUCCAAACUCGCCCAGCACCGGAAUCAGUCUACUCGCCAGAUGCGGAUACUCUCGGUCCUUCCGAGUCUGCUUCUCAGGCGCCCUACCGAAGUGUGCCCGCGGCCAACACGAAUGCACCUGCCAAGUCGGUUGCUUGUAUCUUCGCUUGGUCCGAGUCUGGCGCAUGGGAAAACCUGCAUCCCGGAGAGUGCCAGAUUGUCGUGACUCCUGGCCUCAUCGAAGCGUUUGCUUUGGGGCCCGCAAGCGGUGUCAAGGCUCUCAUCGCCUUGGAGUUGACUCCCUGGGUGCCUCUCCGUCGCGGUACGGCGGUGGAUAUCUCCAUUAGGUCGCCACCCACGCCGGCAUCGAUUCUGCAGAAAGGGAACCACAUCAUGUUCCGAUCGCGCAGCCCGGAAGAGUGCGAGAGGCUGUACAACGCCAUCAAUCGCGCACGUAUCGACAAUCCCACGUGGAUUGCGCUGCAGAAUGCACGCGGCCCGGAGCAAACGAGCAACUGGUCGGAGGUGAUGGAACGCCGAAACAGUCGAUCGGCCAGCAACAGCUCCGCAUGGUUCAAAGCGCUGUCUCGCAAAGGCAGCACUUACCGUUCCAAAGGAACGAGAUCCGCAUCGAUCGCCGGCAGUCAGUCGUCAGUGGGAACAACAAACACCACCUUCUCCGCUCUCCGACAGUUCGGAGGCGGCAGCAAAAUCUUCAACAUCGCCAAGAGCACCAUCAUGUCGAAGCAGAGCACGCGCAGCUCCUACAGUGAUUCACUCUCCUCUGGCGCCGCCACGCCGCUCCCUAUUGACCCCAGUAUGGGUACGCCGAUGGGCAUCACCAAUGCCAAGAUCCGGCUGUACAUUCGCGAGUCGACGGCCAAGUGGAGAGAUAUGGGCAACGCACGGCUGACGAUCAUGCUUCCGCCUCGUCGCGCCGCGUCGUCUUCUGUCCCUGCUGAUCCCCGCAUCACCGGGCUGGAGAAGCGUGUGUUGGUCGUCGGGAAGAAGGGAGAUGCAGUGCUGGAUGUCACGCUGGGUGAGAGCUGUUUUGAGCGCGUUGCGAGAACGGGGAUCGCAGUCAGUGUGUGGGAGGAGGGCGUGGGGUCCAAUGGCCAAAUUGGUCAUGCGGCUGCCACGGGAGGUGUGUCGAGCUCGAAGUCGACUGUCUAUAUGAUCCAGAUGAAGUCGGAACGAGACGCGGCGUACACCUUCAGCAUGGUGGGCAAGCUACGAUAUUGA